AUGGCCAAGAACAAUAGCAUCCACGAGGAAGACGCCGCGAUCGCGAACGAAGCCACACACCUGCUGCCCAGUGGCUCAGAAUCUCAAGAUGCACUUAGUGAAACAUCAUCGAAUACUCCCGCUUGGGAUGGCUUGAAGGACUUUGAAGGCCUGCCCUGGUGGCGCCAACCCUCGGUCUAUUGGCUCCUCGGUCCAUAUGUUAUCUUUACACUCGCAUUUGGAGGCGUGGUGGUUCCGAAACUCGACUUGAUUCUUGAUCUCGUCUGUAAGCAAUACUUCGCAGACCAACACAGCCGUAACCCGGACAAAGUAUUUAUGCCUGUUCUACUGGGGACGGAUAAUCCUCAAUGUCAGAUCCCAGAGGUCUCAGCAGACUCGGCCAAGUUCUUGUUGGUAAUGGGUUUGUUCACUGGUGUCCUGAGUGCAGUUGUCGCGCCAAAAAUUGGUCACUUGUCUGAUCGAUACGGCCGAACACGACUUAUGGCCCUUGCCUCUGUAGGUGGAGUGUUGAAUGAGUUCAUCACUAUCCUAGUUGCCAAAUACCCCGACACUAUUGAUUAUCGAUGGUUGCUUCUUGGCAGCAUCUUUGAUGGUAUGACGGGAUCUUUCACAGCUGGCAGCGUCAUGUCUCAGUCCUAUACGAGCGACUGCACCCCUCCCUCAAAGCGUGCUGUGUUCAUGGGUUAUAUGCACGCGUGCCUAUUCGCAGGUCUUGCGUUUGGUCCUCUUCUCGGUGGUUAUUUUGUCAAGUGGACCGGUAGCCUGGUUUCCAUCUUUUAUGUUGUCAUGGGAUGCCACUUCGCAUUCAUGCUAUUCGUCUGGCUCGUUGUUCCCGAGUCCUUGUCUGAGAGGAGGCAGUUGAUUGCUCGAGAAAAGCAUCAAAAGGAAAAGGAAAUGCGAUCACAGACCUCAGCUUCCUGGGUGGCCACCCUCCAAAACGCAAACCCGUUCACGCCCUUGAAGAUUCUGUGGCCCACGGGCCCUGGAACUUCGCCUGCUCUUCGUCGAAACCUCAUUGCCCUUGCUAUCGAUGACACGAUCAUUUUGGGAGCGAGUAUGUCGGCAGGUGCCGUCAUCGUUCUUUACACUGGACUCGUGUAUCACUGGGAUACUUUGGACAAAUCCAAGUUUGUCUCUCUGCUGUCGUUCGUUCGAGUGGUGAUCCUAAUGGGUAUUUUCCCUAUUAUCAAUUAUUUUGGCCGUACUCGUCCAGCAGCCCGUCGCCGUCGCGAGUCAGGCGUCGCUGCUGUCGAGAAGAACAACGGAGCCGACAGCCUAGACAUUCUUGUUCUUAGAGUUGCUCUCUUAUCGGAUGUUGUUGGAUCUCUUGGCUAUGUCUUUGCCCGUUCCUCCGGAGUGUUUGUUGCGAGUGGCAUGGUUACCGCUCUCGGUGGCCUUGGUAGUGCUACCGGUCAGGCCAUCAUCACCAAACAUGUCCCUUCUGAGAAGGUCGGUCAGCUUCUUGGAGCAAUUGGUAUGUUACAUGCUCUGGCACGUGUUUUCGGACCAGUCAUUUUCAACGGAGUCUUCGCCUUGACGGCUGGACGUUUCGACCAGGCUAUAUUCGUCUUGUUAGCAAGUGUAUUUGGAGCCGCUCUGGUAAUAAGCUUCACGAUACGACCCCAUGUUAUGUGGGAGGAUGAACAACCGGAAGAGGAACGCGAGCCUCUUAACCCUACGAACGAAGCCUUUGCACUAUCAAGUGAUCAGCUUCCUAUAGAUGAGGAGGACCAGCUUCGCAUCCAAGGUGCUUGGUUUACCGUGGUUGACAGUCACUUGUACAAUAGCUCAGGGCGUCAUUCUGGAAAUUCGACAUCUCCUUCCAAUUGGAGCAUGCUUACGUCAAGGGCUUGGGCAUCGGUACAGAGUCGUUCAGUGAUAGCGAGAGGCAUCAUGACUGCAGCCGGAGCAGCCGGGCGAACCGUUAAGUUCGGACCCUUCGAGGUGACGAAUCAGGUCUUUCUCACAACACCACACUCGUUCGCACUGGUCAACCUCAAGCCUCUCAUCCCCGGACACGUUCUCGUCUGUCCGCAUAAUCCGCACAAGCGUCUCACGGACUUGACGCCCACAGAGACGGCAGACCUUUUCACGACGGUGCAGCUCACGCAACGCCUUCUAGCGCGCGCUCACUUCCGCACCCCCGAGCCCGAAGCUGGAAGCUUCUCGGUCGCUGUGCAGGACGGCGCCGACGCGGGCCAGACGGUGCCGCAUGUGCAUGUCCACGUUGUCCCGCGAACGGCGGGCGAUAUGGGAAGCCCGGACGCCGUGUAUGUUAAGCUCGCGGGCGAGGAAGGUAAUGUCGGCGGGGCGUUAUGGGAUCACGAGAUGGGCGCCAGACCACAGCCGGGCGGAGGACUGAACAGAGUUGAUGAUGAGGAUCGAAAGCCGAGAAGUGCUGAAGAGAUGGUGGAAGAGGCGGAGCGGUAUAAGGCGAUAUUGAAAGAGAUGGGUGUCCAGUAA